CUCGAUAGUAAAUCAGACCCGUAUCACAAACCCUAGCCUUCUUGCUCUUCGUCUCACUGCAAAUCGCUCAAAGGAGAUUCAAACCGGAGAGAGAUAGCUCGAUUUAUGGGUUCGAAAUCGAAGAGUCACAACCCACACACAGGCGAUGGAGCGAGUCCUGGGAAGAUCUUCAUCGGUGGAUUAGCAAAAGAUGCAACUCAUGCUACUUUUGUUAAGCACUUUGGAAAAUAUGGGGAGAUUACAGACUCAGUGAUAAUGAAAGAUCGGUACACGGGGCAGCCGAGGGGUUUUGGAUUCAUCACCUAUGCUGACCCGUCAGUUGUUGACCAGGUUAUUGAAGAUACCCACAUCAUCAAUGGAAAACAGGUUGAGAUUAAAAGAACCAUUCCGAAAGGAUCUGGCCAAUCAAAGGAUUUCAAAACAAAGAAAAUAUUUGUUGGGGGUGUGCCAUCUGCAGUCACUGAAGAUGAGUUGAAGAAUUUCUUCUCAAAGUAUGGGAAAGUUGUUGAACACCAGAUUAUUCGUGAUCAUGAGACCAACCGUUCUCGAGGUUUUGGAUUUGUAAUAUUCGACAGUGAGGAAGUUGUUGAUGAAAUGGUAUCCAAUGGAAAUAUGAUUGAUAUGGCGGGUACCCAGGUGGAGAUCAAGAAAGCAGAACCAAAGAAAGCCUCAAACCCUCCUCCUGCUCCUGCACAUGGUAGCAACUCUAGGGCUCGUUCUUUCAAUGAUGGCUUUGGUGAAUUUGGCGGUUCCUAUGGGGGCUUUGAUGGCGGGUUUGGCCCUGGCCCCUAUAGGACACCUGGAGGUAUUGGCAGUAGGUUUGGUGGAUAUGGUGGGUACGGUAGCGGUGGAAGUGAAUUUGGUGGUUAUGGAGGUUUUGGCAGCAGUAGCUUAGGAGGCUACCGAGGUGAAUCUUCCCUUGGUUAUUCUAGUCGCUUUGGACCCUAUGGUGGUGGGUUUAGUGCCGGUUAUGGUGGCAGUGGUUUAGGUGGAUAUGGCCGAGGCGAAGGUUAUGGGAGUUAUGGGGGUUCAAGCUAUGAUGCUUAUGAGUCUGGUCCUGGUGCUAGUUAUGGUGGAGCAAGUGGGCUGUAUGGAAGGGGAGGCUAUAGUGGCAGUAGCCGGUACCAUCCUUAUGCAAGGUAGAAAAGGCAAGCUUUGCCUUAGAGGUUUCUCACAGGUUUCUCUAGUUUCCUGCAUUAUAUAUCGUGGAUUGAUAGGUGCUAUCACAUGAGUACUAGAGGUGUCUCCUACCAUUGCAACUGAUGACGCAUUUAAAGAUCAGAAUCUAUUGUAUGUCUUAGAUGAACCUUGUAGUGUUUUAGAUUUAUAUUUGGUGUCUGCUGUGGUGAUCUAGCUUAAUCUCUCUAGUUUGUUAUGUAGAACAUAGCAUCUUGUUUGUGAGCUUGCUACAUUUUCCUCUAGUUGAAUUAGAAUUAGACGUUUCUCGUGUAAUAAAUUUAUUUAGCUUUUAUGUUUACUUUUUUAGCAUUUUUGA